AUGUCAAAAUCAACAUCAUCGAAAAAAGGACCGUCAUUGCGGGCCAUUACUACUCGAUUGAAAGGACUGCAAGCAUCAUUCGAUAAUAUACACGGCUUCGUUGAACGGUUCCACGAUGACGUCACACCAAGUGAAAUACAAGUUCGAUUGGAACGCCUCGAUACACUAUGGGAGCAAAUAAACGACACGAUAAAUGAAAUACUGUCACACGAUGAAUUUUCAAUAGACCCCUCGGCGAUAAUGGAGGAACGGAGUGUAUAUGAAAAUCGAUUCUACGACGAUAAAUCCUACUUAAUGGAUAAGUAUAAAUUGCUAAACGAGGCACCAAUUCUUGAUCAAACCUCAAGAACAAAUGUCUCGUUUGCGCAUGGUUCUGCUCCGCAUGUACGGCUUCCACAAAUUACGCUUCCAAAGUUUAGCGGAAACAUGGAUGAGUGGAUAAGUUUCAGAGACUUAUAUACGUCUUUAAUUCACUGGCAGACGGAGUUGCCUGAUGUUGAAAAGUUACAUUAUUUACGUAGCCAGUUGCAAGGUGAAGCAUUGGCGGUAAUCGAAGCACUACCGAUUACUUCCGCAAACUAUCUAACAGCCUGGGAACUGCUUGUGAAGCGGUAUUCAAACCUCAAGAUUAUAAAACGGAAGCAAAUUCAGGCAUUUUCGAUCUGCAGUUAUUAA